CCGAGCUGGGCAGCAGUUGCUGCAGAAAGCCUGAGCGCCCAAUGUCACCGGGUAGUGGGGAUAGGAUGGAUUUGGCACCAAGGUUGUCCUGGCUGUCACCCUGUGGCUGCACCCUGACACAAUCACCUGUUCAUCUUCACUCUUUCAACCUCUCGCGUCCUUCUCCUCUUCCCUCCUCCUCACCUCAUGGCCUAUUAAUACUCAGACACAAAAGGCUCCAUUAACGUCCCCGCUCCGAGACAGCAGGGAGCAUGAAUCUGAUAAUACAUGCUUUGGUGAACCUUUGGCCAUAAGCGAGGGAAAGUGGAAGAUUGACAGAGGAAAUCCCCAAAUGCAACAGCAUAACAGCUUUAAGCAUCCUGUGACAAUCUGAUCAUAUUAUUCUUUUGUGGCCAGCUUCAGGUGCAGCUUACUUGGGACAUUUUGGAUAAAACAUGGGCUCUUAGAUGCAAAUAUGUGUUGAAGUGUUGAGCUGAUAUAGAGAAAGAAACUGAAUAUUUCUUCUUUAAUAGAAGUGCCUAUACAACAAUGAUGCAGUGACAAAUCUGAAAGAAUCUAUCUUGAAAAAGAAUCACACACCAGAAGGUAAGUCUAUUUUUUCUGUGUUUGUUGCAUAGUUGAAGUUAGUAAAAGUAUAUUUGGAUCAGAUAAUAGCCAUGUUAUGGGUACCUGCUUAUAUUUUCCUUCUUUUAUAUCUCAUUACAUUCAAUGUUGUUUUUUGAAUCUAUGAAGAUUUUUAUUAUUUUACAGCAAAAUAAUUAACAUAAUUUGUUAAAACCAUGUAUUAUUAUUAUUGUGUGCUAAUGCACAACGUAGAUUCAUUACUCAGUGAUUUAUUUAUAAUGUUUAUAUAUCCUAUGAUUAUAGCUUACAACCCAGAAUGUAAUUUUUUCAGAAAAAAAAAAAUGUUACAUAAUAUCAGUAAAAUAAAUUCUGACCCAGAGGUGCAGUGCAGCAUAUGUACUUACUUCUUGAUCAGGGUCCUAUUUGAUGAAUUGCUACAUUAGUGCAUCUUGGUAUGAAGGUGAUUAGUCUGUGACUCUUCAAUGUUGGUUAUGGUGUCUAUCAUUUUCCUCAUGACGGUACUCGAUGGAUUAUACAUGCAGUUUUGGUCAGAACAAUGUGCUGGUCAAUUAUUUAUAACCUUUUAUUGGUACUUUUGGCAGUGUGGAUAAAUGCCAAAUAAUACAAGAAAAUUAAAUCAAUGUUUCCAUAAAGCUUGUCAGCACAGGUAGCAUGUAGUGCCCUAUGAUUUCCGGCUGCUUUUGACUUUGGACUUGCUAAACUACAAUCGAUUGACCAACACUAGAAGACAUGAAUCCCCAAAUCGUUACAGAAUGUGGAAACUUUACACUGGACCUCAUUCAGAUUGGAUUAUGUUCCUCUCCACUCUUCCCCUAAAUCCUGAUUUUGAUUUCCAAAUGAAAUAUAAAAUUUACUUUUGUCUUUGACUUUGGACUUCUUUUUGUACUUUAGUAAGUACAAUUAAGUAACACAAUUCACUCUGGUUUAGGAGUGACUUAACAGAAGGAAUGUGACAGUUGUAUCCUAUAUCAUGAGGUUGGUAUUGGAAGCGUCGACUUCAGCCACAAUCCAAAUUUUGUUCACCUGCAAACACUUGGCUUUUUAUUUAUCCUGGUUAUUUUUCUACCACAAUUUUCCCUUCUAUUUAACUUUCAAAUAAUAUCUUUUAUUCUGCUGUCUAGCAAUAGUCAGCAUAAGGAGCAAUGUGUUUUUGUUGCUUAUCUUCCUUUUGGGGGACUCCAAUUACAACUGUCUAGUUUUUAAUCUUUCUUGUGAUUAUUUUGCCCCUAACAUAACAUGUCUGUCUUGUGAUUUUUGCUAGUCUUUUAUUUUUUAUUCUUUCACUCUGUGUGCAUUGAAUCUCCAUGAUUUUCACUUUAUUCACUGAAAUGUUAGAAUUACAUAUUAAUUUUAUUCUAAUUCAUAAAAAUUUUCCUGUUUAGUGAUAAUAGUCAGAGAUGUCUUCAAUUCAACUUAAAGAAUAUUUUCAGGCGCUCAAAGUUUAGGAAAGUAGAAAUGAAAAAGGAAGUAAAGUAGAAAAUGACUUCUUCCAUUCUGCAUCCUGUUCUGCGUUACUCCUAGCUAUGGCCUAAGCCCACUCCUCCCUGAGCGUUCCUCGCAGGAUGACUGCUGUCUGCCCCUCCGAGAGCAGCCCAGAUGGAGCUGAAGCCGGGACUGGGACAGCAGGCACCACUGGGAACAGCUCAGUCUCAGGAGCAGAUUCCAGGGAGUCUAAUGGAGACUCUGUUGAAGGGUCCACUGUAGGGACAGCUGUGGUUUCUGGCGGACAAAGGUAUAGCCGCUGGAGCCGGCAGGAUAGCUCUGACAUCAACACAGAUGAUGAGGGAGCCACUGUUCGUCGCCUAACUCCUCUGGAAAGGCUGAACCUGGAUAUGUGUCAGGAUGAAAGGGUGGUCCGUGAGCUGACAGUGGGCAGAAGAAUUGCCUUCUACAAGAUUCGUGGCGAAAUAGGGUGUGGAAAUUUCUCCCAUGUCAAACUAGGAAUUCAUGCUCUUACAAAAGACAAAGUGGCCAUUAAGAUCUUAGACAAAACUAAGUUGGAUCAGAAGACUCAGAGGUUGCUUUCAAGAGAAAUCUCCAGCAUGGAAAAACUACACCACCCUAAUAUCAUACGCCUAUAUGAGGUGGUGGAGACGUUGUCACGGCUACACUUGGUGAUGGAGUAUGCAGGUGGAGGGGAGCUCUACACUAAGAUCACUACAGAAGGAAAACUUUCUGACACUGACAGCAAGAUUGUCUUUGCUCAGAUCCUCUCGGCUGUUAAACACAUGCAUGAAAAUAACAUCAUCCAUCGUGACCUAAAGGCAGAAAAUGUCUUCUACACAAGCAGCUCUUGUGUCAAAGUCGGGGACUUUGGAUUUAGCACACUGAGCCGCCGCGAUGAGACACUCAACACUUUCUGCGGCUCUCCACCUUAUGCGGCUCCAGAACUCUUCCGGGAUGAGCAUUAUGUAGGAGCUUACGUAGAUAUUUGGGCUUUGGGGGUCAUGCUGUUUUUUAUGGUGACCGGCACCAUGCCAUUCAGGGCAGACACUGUGGCCAAACUGAAGAGAUGCAUCAUGGAGGGAGCCUAUGUGCUUCCCCCAUGGGUCCCUGAGGCAUGCCAGAGGCUCAUCAGGGGGAUUCUACAGCCAGUCCCAUCGGACCGCUAUACAGUGGAGCAAAUGGUGGGUUGUGAGUGGCUGCUCCCUGUGGAAUUCCCAUGUGCCAUGGAGCCUUGUAAGCUAGAUCCAUCUCACCUUGCUGAGAGCAAACCAGCUGAACUGCUGGAGGAAGAGCUGGAGGUAAAGGCUGCAUUAGAGACUCUAGGAAUCACUUCAGAGCACAUAUUCAACAACCAGGGAAAAGACUGCAGAAGCUCCAUCACUGGGGUCUAUCGGAUUUUGCUACACCGGGCUCAGAAGAAACGGGUGGUUGAGAGGACACCAGCGGUCACACAGAAAGUCAGGCCAACUACAACAAGUAAAAAGGAGCGACUAAAAGUGUAUCGCAGUUUGCGGCACACAUCUAAACUGUGUGUGGUUCUGUGACAAAAAUGUUAAACUUUACUAUGGAAAUUCAAUGAUUAUGCAGCCUGGGGAUAAAUUGCACAGACUGCAUUAGCAAAGUUUUUCAGUCUAGUAGUAUAUGUCAAAGUAAUCGUACUAAAACCUCACUGAGCUGCUGAAACUUGAUUUUUCUUACUUAGUAUGUUUUCUUUUUCUUCUAAAUCUAGUCUCUGUGAGAAGGCUGCAGAAAGUUUAUUAUGUUUAUAUACUUUUUUGUUUUGAAAUGAAAUUUUUAUCAGAUUUAACAAGGUAUGGAAUGUAAAUAAUUAAAAGUCAACAUAAUGGUUAGACUGCUAAUAAUUUCAUUUGGGUCAUAUAGACAAUACACUGUUAGUUAUCAGCUCUAUGCUCAUUAUUGGAAUUAUUGCCAGAUACAAAGGCACCAAUUUAACAGAAACACCCUAAAAAAGGCUCGAUAUCAGUAAUAUGAAAACAAAAACAUUCAGUGCAUUAAACGUGGUAUAUUUGAUGUUUAAGUGCAAUUUUCUGAAAUGCCUUAUUUUUCACUGUUUUGAAAUCAAAUUGGUUUCAGUAAUGAUACAGGUGAAAGGGUUAUAUGUGAUGUAUCUCUAUGAGAUGUUCCAAAUAUUUACUUCAUUAACCUCAAUUUGUUGACUAACUUUUUGACUAAAAACAAGCUGUGUACUGGUACACUAAGAUACAAUUUCAUUACAGAUAUACCAACUAACAGAAGAUUAAUUAAUGUGGUAAAACAUUACUUUCAGGUUCAAGGUCUAAGACUGAAUAUCAGAUUUGCUACAUCAUGCAAUGCCAUGUCAAUGUGCUGAUUGAAAUAAAUGUCAAAUGAAAACUAAA